AUGAGCUCAUUUCUACUACCACCAGUAUCUUAUCAGCAGCAGCAAAAGCUCAAGCUGCGAAUGAAGAAGAAACAAUCCCUGAAUCACAACAGGCAAUUCAAUUCAUCAGAAUCAAAGGGUUCUUCAGCUGCUUACUCUUUUAGCUCGACUGGCUCGACGCUAGAGAAUGAAAAUAACUCAAGACGCAGCUCAGUUGUUUCUCAACUGAAUAGAAGGAACACAGUUUUUAGUUCUAAUGAAAACUUACCAUUGUUGGAGGAGACAGCUUCUUUGACUAGUCAUAGCCAAACUAACUCUUUACUCAGUGAAGGACCAGACCCCGAAGAGAAAAAAGAAACCACUGAUUGUGAUACUCAUAAAGAAACUAAAAUAUCUACGUUUAAUUACUCAUCUUAUUCCGACAUGAACGAAAUAGCAACAUUCAAUAAGCUUCAAAAAAAACUGAACCACCGCCACCAUCAACGUCAACAGUCCAGCCACCAUAAGGGAUAUUCCUCUAAUAGCGUGAUAGACAUGAGAUCAAGAAAGUCUUCAAUAACAGGUAUACCAGUGAUGGAUGAACAAUUAGAUUAUUUAAUGAAACCGCAACAAAGCAAUUUUGAAGAUGAUGAACACGGUGACACACAACUGAUCUAUGCUGAAACCAUUUCUGACGUAAGCUCCAUAUUUUCAACAAGAGUUAAGAGGAGCCACAAACCUGAGUCACAUAAGAGUACUAGAGAAUCCAAUAAGAACCAACUUUUAAGAAAGUUCAAACAUUCUUUCAAAUAG